GGAUUAUUCAGCUUAUAGCUCAUCCAUACAGAAUAAUACAAGGAACAUUCUGAUUCUUCAUUUAAUAAAGUUAUAUAACUCGUCAUACAAUGACGACUAUUUGGACAGCAAUCGGAACACCCUAACAUUAAUGCGAAUGAACAACGUGGUUCGAUUCUGAAUUCAAAAAAUGGGUAGCCUAACUGAAAAAUUAAUACAGUUACCAGAUUCGACUGAAGAUCAAUGCAAGCAGGAUGAAGACUUUGUCGAUCCAUGGACUGUAACCUGUUCUAGUCAAUCUGGACCAGACUAUGAUAAACUUAUUGCUCGUUUUGGUUCUGCAAGGGUUACCGAUGAUUUACUGAAAAGAUUUGAAGCUGCAUUACCAGCAGGCGCUAAGUUACAUCGUUUUCUUCGUCGUGGAAUAUUUUUCUCUCAUCGAGAUAUAGAGCCGAUAUUGAAUAAAAUUGAGAAAGGCGAAAAAUUUUUCUUGUACACUGGGCGUGGACCAUCAUCAGCAUCAUUACAUGUUGGGCACUUGAUUCCAUUCAUUUUCACAAAAUGGCUGCAGGAUACAUUCGAUGUUCCAUUGGUCAUCCAGUUGACAGAUGAUGAAAAAUAUUUAUGGCGCGGUUUGAAAUUGGAUAAUAUAAAAAGGCAUUCACGCGAAAAUAUCAAAGACAUUAUUGCAUGUGGUUUCGAUGUGGAAAAAACAUUUAUUUUUACUGAUACCGAUUAUAUUUCUAAAUCUCAAGCAUUUUACGAGAAUAUUCUGAAAAUUCAACGAUUAGUCACAUUCAAUCAGGUGAAAGGAAUAUUUGGAUUUGGUGAUUCGGAUUGCAUUGGAAAAAUUGCCUUUCCAGCUAUACAAGCUGCUCCGUCAUUUUCGACAUCAUUUCCACAGAUAUUUGGCACUAGUUCUAAAUGUCAAUUGUGUCUGAUUCCUUGCGCGAUUGAUCAAGAUCCAUAUUUUCGAAUGACUCGUGAUGUAGCUCCUAAACUGAAAUAUCCAAAACCAUCAUUAUUACAUUCGACAUUUUUGCCAGCAUUGGGUGGUGCGAUGACAAAAAUGUCGGCAUCCGAUUCUAAUAAUUCAAUUUUCCUCACCGAUUCAGCCAAUGAGAUCAAAAACAAAAUCAACAAAUAUGCAUUCAGUGGCGGCGGUGGCACUAUCGAAGAACAUCGUGAAAAAGGUGGGAAUUGUGAUGUUGAUGUUUCUUAUCAAUAUCUACGAUAUUUUCUUGAUGAUGAUGAUCGUCUCGAACAAAUUCAUCGCGAUUAUAGUUCGGGACAAAUGUUGACUGGAGAGAUUAAAAAAGAAAUAAUAACCGUACUACAGGAUCUAGUGAUUAAGCAUCAACAAGCAAGAAAAGAAAUUACCGACGAAAUGGUCGAUCGUUUCAUGACACCUAGAUCAUUGAAUUUUACUUUAAACACAACAAAAUGAAAAAUUAAAAAAAAAAUUUAUU